ACCCUCGAGGCCUCAAUAUUUCCGGUAUUCACAAUCACUGUACACUCAUCUGCCACACCCGACCCGCUUUUCCAGUCCGUAUAUAUACAUAGACAUCAUACAAAUUGCAAAACCCUAGUUUGUUAAGCUCCGCUCGCCGAAAGGUUUAUCUUUGGAUAUUUCUGCAAAUCUCUCGCUCUAUUAAACGGUGAUGGCUCCUAAGAAGCCAAACACUGGACUCUUUGUUGGUCUGAAUAAAGGGCAUAUUGUAACGAAGAAGGAAUUAGCCCCACGUCCUUCUGACAGGAAAGGGAAAACAAGCAAAAGAACACAUUUUGUGAGAAACCUCAUUAGGGAAGUUGCUGGUUUUGCUCCCUAUGAGAAGCGAAUCACUGAGCUUCUUAAGGUAGGCAAAGAUAAGCGUGCACUGAAAGUGGCCAAGAGGAAGUUGGGCACCCACAAGAGGGCAAAGAAGAAGCGAGAGGAGAUGUCCAAUGUUCUCCGCAAGAUGAGGGCUGGUGGCGGUACUGAGAAAAAGAAGUGAAUUGCGGGACCAUAGUCUUUUUUUGGUUUAGAAUUUCUGACAGGACUGCGCAACUUGAAAUUUAUUUAGUCAUCUCAUGUUGGAAUUUGGUUCUUGUCCGGUGAUUCUUUAGUUUGUGACGAGUCUGAAACGGCACUGUCUUGUUUUAAUGAAAACUGCUGGCAAUAUUGCAAUGCUUCA